CCAUAGUUUCUUAUACCGUAGGUAGGUAGAUACAAACUUCGGCCAAUCUCAUUCUAAUAUAUUUUUUUACCCAAAUAUAUAUAUCUCAGAAUUUACCCGCAAUUACCUUUCCCGCAAAAACUCUCAUUGCCCUACAUAAAAGAGGGGAAACAAAAAUCACAAUUCCGCAGAUUAUACUUUAUUUGAAGUGCUUCAAAUCAUCCUUCGUAAUUCGAGAUAUUAUAUUGGGGAAUUAUUCCCAAGAUGAUUUGAAGAAUUCUUUUGAAAAUCUAUUAUUCAACAUAUGUUCUGACUUCUGAGAUCGUCAUUGUUGAUUUUAUGGUUGGUUUUGUGCAAGAAAGGAUAAUGCCAAGUUUGCUCUCAUGAAAAUUUUGGGCUUCGGUUUUGGUGGAAGAACUGUAUAUAUUUAUCAUGGCUGUGAAGUUUUUGUCCAUUUCUGUGGUUUGUACUGCUCUGAGCGUUGUUGGCCUCCAUUACUGGACUGAAAUCUCACUCAAAAAGUAUAUAUCAGAUGGUUUGAGUUUUGAUGAUCUUAUUAAUUUGGAGGAUGGAAGCCAUGCCUUGGAGUUUCUUUCGGGCUCGUACACCACUCUUGUUCUGGUUGCCAGUUUUGCGCUGAAUGUAUUUAUCCUGAUAAUUUUAGGCCUAAAGACAAUAUUCUUUUCGAAGUUGUAUACAUCUGAGAUACGGAAAAUGCUUGAACGCCUAAUUAAUUAUGUCAUCUACAAGGGAACUUUUCUUCCAUUAGUAGUCCCAGCAACAGUCGUUCAGGCGGGGCUAUGGUCGACUUGGUUGGCCGUGCUUUGUUUCUUGAAGAUGUUUCAGGCGUUGGCUAGAGAUCGGCUUGAACGACUGAAUAUUUCUCCUUCUGCUACUCCGUGGACAUACUUCCGCGUAUAUUGUGCACUGCUGCUUGUUUUCUCCGCUGACUUGCUCUGGAUACUGCUCUGUCUGACAAAAUAUAGUGCAACUAGUCCAUCAAUGUUUUGGUUGUUAUUUUUUGAACCUUCAAGCAUUGCUUUUGAGACAUUGCAGGCCAUCGUGGUUCAUGGGUUUCAGUUGCUCGAGAUAUGCUGGCAUCACUCUGUAAGAGAUGGUGAAAAUUGCCGAUUAUCUAAAAUUUUUGAUAUAUCACCCACUGGUUCAUUGGGCGAAUGGAAAGGCAUGCUUAUUCGGAAUUUGGGCUUUUUCCUGGACAUGAUGACAAUGCUAAUGGCUCUCGCUCAUUAUCUGCAUAUUUGGUGGCUUCACGGCAUGGCAUUUCAUCUUGUGGAUGCUGUCCUUUUCCUAAACAUCCGUGCUCUUCUAAGUGCAAUCGUCAAACGUGCUAAAGGUUUCAUCAAGCUGCAUAUAGCUUUAGGAACCCUUCACGGGGCCCUACCUGACGCAGCGUCUGACGAGCUCAAAGCAUACGAUGAUGAAUGUGCAAUUUGUAGGGAACCAAUGGCAAAAGCCAAGAAGUUGUCAUGUAACCAUCUUUUCCAUCUUGCAUGCUUGAGAUCUUGGCUGGACCAAGGUUUAAGUGAGAGUUACUCGUGCCCAACUUGUCGGAAGCCACUUUUUACAGGCCGAUCUGAUAAUGGGGCGAAUACAAGGGCUGCAGAAAUUGCAAGAGAUGAGCAGCUUGCUCGUCAAAUGAGUAGGGGAUUCGAUCGCCCAAAUCUUCCCAAUCAUAAUCCACAUACUGGUGUCUUUCCUAACCAGCCACAAAAUCCAGAAACUGGUGAUUGGAGGAGGAACGGAAUUGAUGCGAGUUGGUUGGCUUUAGACGGAGCGGGACAAUCUGGAUUUAGCAGAGUUCAGAUGGUAAUGAGACAAAUUGCUGCUGUAGGAGAGACGUAUGCCAAUACAGCCAUUGAAGAUGCUGGCUGGAGCCUGUUUCCUCCUAAUUCCUCUCAAGCCGGUACAUCUAGGUCAACUGUAGCUCCUUCGAAUUCAACACGAGGUGAGGCUAGUGGUUUGCAUGUGAGGUCAACCUCACGCACUGCAAACGAUAGCUUAGCAAAUAUAAUCGCAAUGGCUGAAACAGUUCGAGAAGUGCUGCCCCACAUCCCUGAUGACGUAAUCUUCCAGGAUUUGCAGCGGACGAAUUCAGUGUCGGUCACUGUGAAUAAUCUUUUGCAAAUGUGAUAUCGAUGAAAUAUUUUUUUAUUUCCUUCUGGUUUUUCUUCUUCGAGAGGCUAUAAAAGCAGGUUCGGGCUCAGGCUCGGGAUGCACAGAAAUAUCUGGUUUCUGAGUUGUGCUUAAACUAACUUAUAAGCUCUUCUGCUGUACAUAGAAGCGGCGCAUAGUCAACCAUUCCUUGUCCGAAUGUGGAAUUUUACCUACUUGUGUAAGGAAAUAAUCAACAAUUUCACAUUGUAUAAAAAUAUAUAUGGCAAAGUUGGGUUUUUAUUGCAUCAUCCAUCAUCUUGUAUUAUUAUUAUUACCAUUAUAUGUUAUAAUGUCCGAGUUUUC